GCUUGCCUACUGUACUCAAUCCUCCUCGCCGCCGCCGCCUCCUCUCUCUCUCUCUGGCAAUGGCUGUGCACAAUCUCCCUGCGUUUACCGCAGGACCAGAUCCGACGUAUUCUCCUCCAGAGAGUGAUACUUUUCCAUCUCCAGACAACCUCGAAUCUCCCUGCUACGGAGACUCAUAUCCCUCGUUAUCCGAGUACAGCAGCCUAGACAGCACCAGCGGCCCCUGCUUCACUCGGCCCAGCGAACCGGUGGAUACCACCAACUCUCUCAACUGGAACGCCCCGUUACCCAAUGGCUUCAUGACCACCUCCUCCACUGUAGUUUGUCCACCCGCCACCCACGGCCUACCCACGAGUCCCCAGUUCGCUCCUAUGUGGCAAACCGGCGUGCCCACCCCUCUCAGCAUCUCAGGCGACUUCCAGAACGGCUACAUAUCCCCCGAGUACACCACGUCAGCCUUCCCCUCGGUCCCCUCGCCCCUGCCCACCCCCAGCAACCACGGCAGCCCCGCCUCUCUGUCCCCCGUAGUAGCCACCAAUCCCACCCCUUCACCCCAGGACCCCAUCUCAAAACCCCUUCCCCGCAAGCGCGGUCGCCCUCGCAUCCACCGCCCGGCCUCGGAACCCUCAGCCACUGGUAGCACCAGCCCCGCCAAGAACGCCCGAACGCAGUGCAUGCCGCACACCGAGGUCGAGCGCAAGUACCGUGAGAAGCUCAACGCGGAGCUCGAACGGUUGCGGAAGGCGGUGCCUCUUUUGCCACAGAGCGGUGCGUCGUCUGAGUCUGGAGGCGUGAAGCCGAGUAAGAGUAUGGUGCUUGCUGUUGCUAUUGAUUACAUUAAGGAGCUGGAGCGCCAGCGCGAUUUGGCGGUUGAGGAGGUGGAGCGGUUGGGCGGGAAGGUCAAGUUUGGGCGCGUGGGCGCGUGGCGGAGGGGGAGUGAGGAUAGUUGAGUUCCUUCUCUCCUCCCCUCUCUCCUCUUUAUUUUUUGGUCCUUGAGGGGGGGAAUUCGAUUGGGGUGUUGAGGGAGAAAAAAAGUCAACUUUCAUUUGCCUGGUUGGGUAUCGUUGUUUGCAUACCUUCCGGCGCUUUCGACAUUGAAUACUCCUCUCGUCGAGGGGGAUGUGUGGAGAAUAUACAGGAGCAUAUUUGUUUUCUUGGUGGGAAAAAUGUGCUUCUUACGGACAGGAAAACCUUCUUCAACUUUUCUUCUCUGGAUAUAG